GUUCGGGACCCAGCUUGUGGUCCGGACCGGGAUAGCGAACCGUGUCUAGUUCUGCCGUAGCGUGGUUAGAUGGGCAUUCGAGACCCGAGCGUAGGUCGUGUUAUGUUCGUGUUGUUGUGUGAAUAAAUAGUGUUGCUACCAAGUUAUCGUCUGCGACUCAGUUGGACUCACUACACACAACACUGCAGGGUCGAUGGAGGAUGAAGCUCUGAGGGCCUUGCUGACUGCGCUUCCUGAGGACAUGAGGGCCACCCUUCAGCAGGCAUAGAAGGAGAUGGUGGCCGUUUUUGUUCCGCCAUCCGGCACAUGCAAGAAGUCCCUGCAGCGGAGGUGGGGGGAGGCCGAGAUGGGCUGAUGGUGCUGGGGCAGGCAGCGUACCCACGUAUGGAUCAAACGGCACUGGACUCUUUGGCCAUGGAAAAGAUGCUGGUGUUGGCGCAGGAGAUGGGGGUCGUGCUGUGGGUGGCUGGGUUUGACGGCAAGGCUGGGUUUGACGGCGAGGGGAGACCUCGCGACAGCCUCGAGGCUGGGGGCGAUGGGAGGAGGCGAUUCCUCAGCAGGAGACACCCGCCAUCGCCUGCUUCAUGUGUCGACAACCAGGAGCGAUGCCCGACCAACGACGGCAUCGUCGAGAUCCACCCUUCCGCCGACGACCCCUCCACAGCCCCGGCAGAUGCAUUCCUGCACGGCUACGUGAUGGACAAGGGAGCCCUGGAGCAGCUUCUCACUGACCAGGGUCGAAAUUUUUCGUCUAAACUGCUGCACGAAGUGUGUGACGUACUGGUUUCCAAGCCCCUGAUGUCCGGGGAGUCACAAGAAUCCGCCUCGUGCGAUGGACCGGUCUCUGGAGCCCGGUCUAGUCCUUCCAAGGAAGCCAGGGAUGAGCCUGCCCCUUCAAGGCUUUUGUGCAUAGAGGCACAAAAAUCCGCCAUGGGCAAGGGACCUGCAUCAAGAACCUGGUCAAAGUGCUUCAAGAUGCGCUAGUAGAGCUGGAAGCCCUAAACCAUGGACUUUGAAAAAUCCCCUUGAGCGACCUGCGGUGGUGUAUGGUUGGUGACCAUGACGGUUAUGAUUAUUAUUGUGGCGGUCGGUCGAGGGAGAUAAUUAUUGUGUUCUUGAUUGUUGUUAUCGGGUGGGUCGGUUCACACCGCUCACCCAUCAUAAUAGGCCGUUAUAAUUGCGAUCGUCGGGCGUCGGACUAUUUGUAUGCAGUUCUUCUGCCCCAACGCACAUUUUUUCAUUGUUAAUCGCCGAGACAGCUACUUUUUAAGAAAGGGGGGGGGGGGUGGGGGUGAUGUAAAUACAGUGUGUAUGUAAAGACAGUGUGUGGGUAAUGACAAUGCGCGGACUAGCGGUCACGAGCGGUAAUUACGGGUGUGGAGAUAGUAUAGAAGGCUAGCAAUCACAAGUGGUAAUAAUAGGCUAGGUGACAGAUAAUCGAACGAUCUAGAAGCUCCAGGAAGGUUCAGCAACUCGCCAGAGAGUUCGAGAAGUAAGGGCGUGGCCAGGGGCAGAGCGCUGGCCACGUUCCGCCCCUGACCACGGUCGUUGCUGUCUUCGCGUCGCCACUGUGUUCAAGUCAUUGCUGUGAAGCGACCGACAAAAAUAAAUA